AUGGAAUCAUUGGUUCCCGCAAGCCAAGAAAUUGGCGAGCUCGGGUUCGACAAACAGCCAACCAAAGAACCAAACACAAAAGUCGGCGGGAAAACAAGGGUCAAUAAAAUUAGCGACUUUGACAUCCAGUUUCAGGCCCGAUGUCAUAGGCCAAAGGAGGCCAAUGACCAAAUGGUCAAGGAGACCACAAGUCCGCAACGCCAUGGACCCCCUGUUACUCGGCCAAAGCGAAUGGAGAUGCAAGCCCGCAAGUCUGCGGUCGCCCUGCCGCUUUUCCGAUUUCUCCAUCAUGUUCAUUGUGCCAAGCUGGCCAUGUGGUCACACCCACAUCCUCCCUCCCAGUUGAUUCUGAAUGAUCUCAUCUCCUGUGCUCCUUUCGUGUUGCCUCUUGUGUUCCCAUCGCAUGCGACAUUCGUAUCGAUGAGUGACAUAACCACGACGGCGCCCCCAGAGGUGCCGACGUCGGCGUCGCCAUCAUUAUCAUCGUUGGCGUCGUCGACGUUGACAUCGGCCGCGGCCGCGGCGACGACGACUACCAUCGAAGAAGGGCCAGGAUCAGCCCAAGAGGCGACGGGUAUCAGCCUUGUUGCUUUUGUGACUGCGUUGGCCGCUUCGUUGGUUGUCUUCGGCAUCCAGACGGGCUUUUUCUUGCUAUUACGGAACAAGCUGGUCAGGAUAUUCAAACCAAAAACAUACCUAGUACCCGAACGAGAACGCACCGAUUCACCCCCCUCUAACCACUUGGCCCUGGCGUACAAGCUCAUGAGCUUCGAAGAUCGCGAAAUCAUCAAAAAAUGCGGCCUCGACGCCUACUUCUUCCUGCGCUACCUACAAACCCUCCUCAUCAUAUUCAUUCCCAUCGCCGUGGUGGUAAUACCCGUCCUCGUUCCUCUCAACUACAUCGGCGGCCUGGGGCGCGAUGUCGUCAACAGUACCACCACCGAAGACAAUUCCACCACAGCCAACGUCCCCACGGGACUAGAUACGCUAGCAUGGGGCAACGUCGCCCCAAACAAGCAACACCGGCGCUGGGCUCACCUUGCUCUCGCGCUCGCCGUCAUCUUGUGGGUUUGCGGCGUCUUCUUCAGCGAGCUGAAGGUCUACAUCAAGAUCCGCCAGGAUUAUCUAACCAGCGCCGAGCACCGCCUGCGCGCCUCGGCGAACACGGUGCUCGUGAGCUCCAUCCCGGACAAGUGGCUCAGUGAGGAAGCCUUGAGAGGCCUGUUUGACGUGUUUCCCGGAGGCAUUAGAAAUGUCUGGCUUACCCGGGACUUCACGCCGCUGCUUGCCAAGGUCCACGAGCGCGACGCGAUUCACAAGAAGCUGGAGUCGGCCGCGAGCGAACUAAUCCGCAGCGCGAAGAGGGCGCAGCUGAGGAAAGAGGGGGAAAAUGGGAUUAUGCAGAGGAUCAAGGCGGUCACCACGGAGGGCAGGGCCGACAGAGCGCAGCGCGCAAAGGCCGAGGACGAGGAGGCCCGCAGGCGUGCCGAAGGCGCCGGUGGCUUGAGUGCCAACACGCCACAUAUUCCUCAGGGUGUACACGAGGCGAUAGACGACACGGAUAGCAGGAGUGACAGCGGAACCGAUAUCCAAGAGGGAGAGAUGGAGGAAGAGGUUGAGCAAGAGAAGCGCCGGGGGCGCGGGAACCCGCUCGCUAAGAUUGGACAGGGUAUAGGCAAAGGGGCCGGUAAGGGUGCUGCUAUCGCCACCGGGGCUGGUCUGGGCCUUCUGGGGGGCGCGAAAGCCGUCCGGAAAGGCGUCGAUCGGGAGCUAGAGCGGACCGCUGGUUUCGAUUUUGCGGCCACAGGAGGCCCUCGGGGGCCGCCUUCCAUGACGACGGUCGACCCGGAUUCUCCUAAGCGGGACUACGGGGCGGGCGACGACGAGGAGAGGCCCAAAAUGUCGUUCGCGUCAGAAGCCCCAUUGACCAAGACCACCCGCCACGCCCACACCUCAUCCGACGCCUCCCAGGACGUCUCGGACCUUAAGAAGGAGGCCCCCGAACCUAGAAGUUUUGGUAACACCGUCCGCCGUGCUACUAACAUGGAGGAGAUGAUCGUUACCGACAAGACUAGGUGGUACGAGUUCUGGAAGCCCCCUACCGGCAGUUACGCAUCCCCGAUCCCACAGGGCUGUGAGUCAGGCGAGUACCCAUGGAAGAAGAAGAAGUCGUUCUGGGGGCUCGUCAGAGACGCGAUUCCGUUCGUGGGCACCCACGUCCCGCCGGUUGACUACCCACCCGCGUAUACCCGCGAUUAUACGACCCAUCCAGAGGAGGAUGCAGAAUGGAGGAAAUGGCUGGAGCCGAAAGAGCGUCCGCAUCACCGGAUUGCCAAUUUCUCGUGGACGCCCUCGUGGUUGCCCGCUCUGCCUCUGAUCAACAAGAAGGUGGACACGAUCUACUGGUGCCGCGCGGAGCUCGCCCGGCUAAACCUGGAAAUCGAAGAGGAUCAGCAGCGCCCUGAGCGCUACCCCGUCAUGAACUCGGCCUUCAUUCAGUUCAACCACCAGGUGGCCGCCCACAUGGCCUGCCAGUCCGUCACCCACCACGUCCCGAAGCAGAUGGCGCCCCGCAUGGUCGAGAUCUCUCCGGGUGACGUCCUCUGGGACAACAUGGCCAUCUCGUGGUGGAGCGAGUGGGUGCGAAGCGCCAUCGUCUUUGCCCUGGUGUCCGCCAUGGUGGUUCUCUGGGCGUUCCCGGUCGCCUGGACUGCCUCGCUCUCCCAGAUCGACGCUCUGGUUAGAAAGUAUAGCUGGCUCGAAUUCCUGGUUGAGAACGAGGUAAUCAACAACGCCAUCAAGGCCGUCGCCGGUGUCCUGCCCGCUCUGGUUCUGAUGGUCGACAACACGGCGCGGGCCAAAUGGACCCGCAAUACCCAGCUGCCGACCGUCUCGUGGGGCUCCUUCUUCCCGGUGUACACCAACUUUGCGUGCAUCGCACUCAUCUACUCCAUCGUCGCGCCCCUCAUCUCCCUCUUCGCCAUCAUCACAUUUAGCCUGCUCUGGGUGGCCCACCGCUACAACAUGCUCUACGUCACGCGGUUCAAGACCGACACCGGCGGUGUCCUGUACCCGCGGGCCAUCAACCAGACCUUCACGGGGCUGUACGUCAUGGAGCUGUGUCUCAUCGGCCUCUUCUUCAUCGCCGAGGACGAGACGGGCAAGAACGUGUGCUUCCCGCAGGGCAUCAUCAUGGUAGUGGCUCUCAUCCUGACCAUCCUCUUCCAAUACGUGCUCAACUCGUCUUUCGGCCCGCUCUUCCGCUACCUCCCCAUCACCUUCGAAGACGAGGCCGUCCUCCGCGACGAAGCCUUCCAGCGCGCUCAGGCCCGCCGUCUCGGACUAGUCGGGGACGACGACGACGAGGCCGGCUCGCUCAACCGCCCCGGCACGGCCGACACCGACGGCCGGCACGCCGCCGACGACAUCGAACUCGAAAAAUUCGCCGCGGGCCGCGGCCACAGCACCAACCCCCGCCACCACGCCCGAUCAGGCUCCGUCCUCGGACGCCUCAACCCCCUCAACAAGGGCAUCGCGCACGCCAGCACCUGGGCGGCGCGCGGGGGCAAGCAAAUCCGCGCCGCCACCUUCGGCAAAGCCGAAGAAGGCCUGCGCUCGGCCGCCCAAUACCGCAAAACACGGCGCCAGCGCGACCUCGAGGCGCAGCGCGCCAUGGGCGACGCGCUCUACGGCGGGUACUGCGACGUGAUCGAGGACCUGACCCCGCGCGAGCGCGACGUGCUCGUGCGCAAGGCCUUCCAGCACUCGGCGCUGCGCGCGCGCCGGCCCGUCGUGUGGAUCCCGCGCGACGAUGUCGGCGUCAGCGACGACGAGAUCCGCCGCACCAAUGACUUUAGCGAAUAUAUCUCCAUCACCAACGAGGGCACCGCGCUGGAUAGCCGCGUCAGGGUGUUGUAUGGGAGGAAUCCGCCGGAUUUUUCGGAGGUCGAUCUUAUUAAUCUUUGA